UUGCCGACAAGCAAUAUAUUACCGAUAACGUAAUCUACUAUUUAACAUCUCUGUUUUAAUAAAUAACGUAGUCAGCGUAACAACACAUUACGUUUUCUAAAUAUGUAACACGACAACAACAUAUUUAUUACUACUACUACUAUAGCAGCAGCACAUCUAUAAGAAAACAAACAAUAAAUCUAACUAUUAUUGUUAAACUGAAAUAUUUAUUAAAGUAAACAUAUUAAAAAAGAAAAGAAGAAAUAAAUUAGAUAUUUUUUUUUAUAAUGGCAACAUUAGUAGGCGCUAAUUUUUUUGUUUAUUUUACCACUACCGAUGAUACUGAACGAGUACGCUGUAAACUUUGUAAUAAAAGUCUUAUGGCUAAUAGACGUUUUAACCUAAAACAGCAUUUAAAGCAAACACAUAAAAUAGAGGUUAGUUCGGCUAAUAGUAAAGUUAAACAUGGCUCUGUUGAGAAAAAAUCUAAAAGAAAUGAAAUUUUACCAUCUACAUCAUCGGAAAUCGAUGAAAAUCGUACACAAGAUAAUGCUGAUAAUUUCUUUGAUAUGAAUUCUCAAUCAAUGGACUCAAAUGAUUCAGAUACUUUAGCACUUCCUUCGGGUAUAGAAGUAAAAACCGUACGUGUACAAGAAAUUCGUCUUAAAGGUAAAACCUCAGAUGAGGUCGUAGAACAAGGUGUAACAUAUGAAAUUGAAAAUCUUAAUGAAAAUAAUGCAGAAACUUCAACACAAAAUAAUUCCAAUCAAGCUCUUCAAACUGAUACUUUUGUUGAACCCAUCCCCUUACCAAAGUUACACAGAUUCAAACGUGUCUUGAGUGAUCCCUUAAAUGAACCUAUUCUCCCAAAGAAAACAACAAAUUUUGAGCCACAAUUAAAGAAGAAAAAGGACAACGUAGUAGGCGAUGAUCCCUUAGACGAAUCAAACUCCACUAACAACGAUAAUUUCGCACAAUGGGCUAAAAAGAAAAUUCAAUUAUUGGAAAUUGAAUUACUUGAAAUGCGUAACUAUAAACACAAAUUGGAAUUGUAUGAAAAGGAACAACAGCUAAAGGUAGCCAGUUCAAAAUUCACCCGAGAUAUACGAGGAACUCAAUGAGAAGCUGACAAAACAUACAAAUGUUUUCUUAAAACAAUCUUUCUUAUACUUGAACAUUUAUCAAACAAUUUUUCCUAAAUUUUCUAUAAACCUUUUAUAAAUGUUAAAUGACUAAGUUUAAAAACAAAAUUAUUAAAAACAAAUUGAAUUGAAACUUGUUUUGUUUUUCAUUAGAUAAAAAAUAAAAACAUCUU